AGCCGUGCCCAUCUUGCAGGUGGAGUACCUGUUCACCGACAAGACGGGCACGCUGACGGAGAACGUCAUGGUGUUCCGCCGCUGCUGCAUCAACGGCGUGCCCUACCACGAGGUGCGCGGGGUGCUGCGCGAGAUGGACAGCUCGGCCGCGGACGUGGACUCGCGCGCCGGCGACCCCGUGGAGGGGCUGACGGCCGCCAUGGAGCACUUCUUCCUGGCCCUCGCCCUUUGCCACUCGUCCCAGAUGGACUACGAGGAGAGGUUCGACACGCUGGACGGCGCCGAGUUCCAGUACGAGUCGAGCAGUCCGGACGAGCGAGCCCUCUUGCAGGCGUGCGCCAGGUGCGGGGUCGUGUUCCUGGGCGAGUCCAGCGGCUACUACGUGGUGCGCGCGCGCGGCAAGGUGUCUGCCUACCGCCGCCUCGAGGUGCUCGAGUUCACUUCCGAACGGAAGAGGAUGUCGGUCGUCGUACGGGACCCUUCCAACCAGAUCUGGCUGUUCUGUAAAGGCGCGGAGUCCACCGUGCUGCCCUUGGUGACGCACGGUCAGAAGACGAGGACCAUGGACUGCAUACAGGAGUUCGCCAUGCGUGGGCUGCGCACCAUGCUGGUGGCCUGCCGGCGCAUCCCCCGCGAGGAGUACCACGCCGCCAUGCUGGCCGUUCGGAGCGCCCGCUGCACCAUGGCCGGGGACCGCGAGUCGCAGAUCUCGAGCGCGUGCCUCGGGGUGGAGCGGGACCUGACGCUGCUGGGUGCCACGGCCGUGGAGGACCGGCUGCAGCCGGGGGUGCGGGAGGCCCUCGCCAACCUGCGGGACGCUGGCAUCAAGACGUGGAUCCUCACGGGGGACAAGGUGGAGACGGCCAUCAGCAUCUCCUACGCCAGCCGCCACUUCCAGCUCGAGUCGGAGCUACUGUUCGUGACGGAACACACGAGCGGUCCCGUCGUCACCAGGACCCUGCGCGUGCUGCGGGACCGGCUAGUCUCAGGCGACAAUUUCGGCCUGGUGGUGGACGGCGAGUCCCUGGCGCUCGCCCUCCAGCACGCCCCUGACCUGCUUCUUGAAGUGGGACUCGCCUGCCCCGCCGUCGUCUGCUGCCGCCUGUCUCCCCUGCAGAAGUGCCAGGUCGUGAGGCUCAUAAAGAACUCCAGGUCUCGACCGACCACCGCGGCCAUCGGGGACGGCGCCAACGAUGUGUCCAUGAUCCAGGAAGCGCACGUUGGGCUUGGGCUGAUGGGUAAGGAGGGGAGGCAGGCGGAGCGCUGCUCCGACUUCGCCGUGGCCAGGUUCCGCUUCGUGCAGCGCGCGCUGCUGGUCCACGGCCACUGGUACUACUACCGUCUAGCCAUCCUGGUGCACUACUUCUUCUACAAAAACGUUGUCUUUGUACUUCCACAAUUUUACUUCAUCAUCUUCACUGCGUUCUCCCCACAGUCCAUGUACACAUCAGUAUUCCUCACUUGCUUCAACAUAAUCUUCACAUCAGCUCCAGUACUGGUUUAUGGUUUGCUGGAACAAAACCGCCCUUCAUACCAACUCUUACAAUACCCUCCACUGUACAAAGGUCAUCAGGGAAAUAGGCUCAUGAAAACUAGUCACUUUCUUGUAUGGUUGACUGCAGGAAUCUGGCAUUCACUUGUGGUUUUCUUUGUACCUGUUUUGGCUUUACAUUGCAACACAGUCCUGCUGGAAAAUGGAUCAGAGAUUGAUAUGUUGUGCUUAAGUACUCUAGUUUACAGUUCAGCUGUACUUGUUGUUAACUUUAAGCUCCUACUUAUUUCCCAGUACUGGACUUUUCCAUUCCUAUUAUCCAUAAUUAUUUCUCUUUUACUUCUCCAUGUAAUUAAUUUGAUAUAUGCUGUUAUUGACAUAGACAAGUUGAUUAAUCAGCAAAUGUUCUAUGUAUAUAUUGAACUUAUAAGUUCACCGCUGUUUUGGCUGUUUACGCUAUUCUCCAUCUGGUUGGCACUCCUCCCUGAUAUCAUGAUUAUCAUAAUAUCAAAUUUUAAAAAGGCCCGGACGGACCCAACUUUUAAGUUUACGAGCACGAUGCUAUGCUGUAUUCAACGAAAGGAAAAUUGGGUUGCAGGAGUCAGAACAGAGUUUAGUAAAAAGUCAAACAAAGUUUCAAUGUUGCAAUCAAGACGAAAUAGGUCUCCUCGUCAACCAUUUCAAUCAAAUACAGUGAACCAAUCUCUCUCUCCAGAUAUAGCAUCCAGAGAACAUUUGACUACUGAUGGGCAUGAGGCUCAACAAGAAAGUAACGGAAUUCCAUACGAUAAUGAACAAUGAAUUAAU